AUGCCGCAUAAGCAUAAGCGCAAGCGCGAAGACAAUGAUAAAGCCGACUUCGAUCUCCCGCCGACCGCAAAAGCAGCACCACUCCCCGCUACCAGCAGACCCAAAGCCGUGGUUGCGCUCGACGACAAGGAUGGGACCGCGAAACGAUCCAACAAGCGGCGGAAGCCGAAUAGUGCGGGCAGUAAGCAGCACCAGGCAAGACCCAUGGACGACACACCCAAGCAGUUCGCCCGCAUGAUGGCGUUCCAAAACGAGGGCAAGAAGCUGCGCAAGGGCUUGGACGACGGCGUUGUUCAGAAACCCAAGGACGGUAAAAAGAAGCAGAAAAAGCAAUCACACAACGACACUAGCACGAACGGCACGCAAGUCGAAGCCGGCGCAGAUUCGACGAUUGCUACAGCACCAGCGGCAGUAGAUACUCCGGCCCUCAAGAUCCUCCCCAACGAGAAACUCCGCGACUUCGCCCUCCGCGUCGACCAAUCCCUGCCCCUCUCCUCCAUUCCAAAGCACUCCACCAAACCGCCUACAACCGAGGAAAAGGCCUACCUCACCAAACACAACAAGCGCCUCGCCCGUAUGCAGGCUGCAUGGCGCUCUGAUGAGGAAAGGCUGCGCCAGAAGGAACAGCAACGCGAGGAGGACGUUUUGGAUCAGAAAGAAGAGGAGGGACUGUUGUGGAUGGACGUGGAUGAGGCUAGGAGGGAGCGGAAGGGGAAGAGGAAAGGGAAGGAGGGAGAUAUCUGGGCCGAGUUGGUAACGAAAAGGAAGGAUGGGUUAGUGGGAGGGACCGGGGGAUUGAAUGCAGGAACGGCGGUGCAGGCGCCGCCUGUGUUGCGUGGGGUGAAGAAUUUGUUCAAGGAGCGGCGGGAUGUGAAGGCGAGAUGA